AUGCUUUGUUUCGAUCUUGCGAACUUCGGAAUCCUGAUGGUACUUGUUACUUCUGAAGUUGAGCCGAAGGAGACUAUCAAGCCUGUGAAUUUGGAUGACAGUCAGCCAAAGACACGCGUCGAAGGGCCUAGAUUCAAGAUUGCGAACGGUGACUAUAAUGCGACUAGUAAUGAACUAAUGAAGCCUACCAAUGAGCCAGAUGAUGUUGAUUCAUUCAGUUUAGGCACAGUCAACCGAGAAAUAAUCAUAAAUGAAGGUAUUACCAUCACAAUGCAGUGCAGUGCAUCAAUUGACAGGUUCCCUGAUGAUAUCAAAUGGUACAACACCUCUAAUCUCCUUGCAACUGAUGGAAGAGUUGUGAUAAAAGAAACCAAAGAAACACCUUUACAUUCGUCGCAUCUCACUAUAGGAGACAUUCAGAAAUGGGACAAAGGUGACUACACUUGCGAAAGAACGACGAAGAAUGUCUGUUUAUCAGAGCUGACUAUCACACCAAUUGGCCAAAUUGUGAUAAAUGAGGGCGAUCUAUUAGCAAUAACCUGCACAGCUUCGGAAGACGUCGAUUUUUUUUAUCCGCAAUUUAUUUCAUUCUUGGUGGACACGUCACCAUCAUUAAUCACCAACGAACCUGCGAAUGGAGGGUCAAAAUUCAUAUUCAAAAGGCCAAAAGCAGUUUAUGGAGACACUGGAUAUUACGGAUGUGUUGAGGCUAGCAAAAAUAAGCGAAAGCUGAAUCUCCGAAACAUUUACGUAACACCAGAAACUUACGAUGAAAUAGAUAUCAAGUGGACUUACGUCUAUGUAAAAUGUAAUUAA